GGACUGCAGACACAAAUUUGUGUACAAGUGAUUUCCGAAUUUUCGAAGUGGACGAACGCAUUCCGUUCGUUUCGAGACCGAAAGGACGACGACCGCGGGAGCGAGGUCGAGCGCGACUCGGUCUUGCUGGGACGUGAACAGGAGCAACAAAUUACUUCUGCAGCCUCGCGCGGGCUCUCGAAAUUCGCCGACACGAAAUUGGGCACCUUUGGCCGAGAUGGCGGCUGCGCGUCUUUCCCAGGUGUUCGCCCCUGGCGCGGCGCCGAGGCACUUAUUUUCCAAGAGUUUCUCUGCAGUUUCGGGCAAGAACAUUUCUUCUUUCUCCCAGCUCGCUGCUCGGUCGUCCGCUUGCACUCUCGCCUCUCUCUCUUCUCCUCUCUGCUCCUCCGGUCUCUCUCCUCGCGUUCUGUCCGGGGCUCUGUCUCCGGCUGCGCGCAAAACAGCGAUGCGUACGUACCUGCACUUUGGCCGGACGAUGCCCGAAGACUUCGAACUUCCCUCCGACACGAUGCCAAAAAACGUUGCAGAACUGAUGAGCAAGAACCCGAAAGACCUCGACUUCUUCGAGAACUACUGGUACUGGAAGCUCAGGGGCGAGGCCGUCAUCCUCGACCCCGCCACUCUGCCCCAAAAAAGCUACAAACAACUCGCCAGAGACAUGGGCAUGCAGAUCGUGACUGAAGAAACCGAGCACAUGGUCGGCCUUCUCGAGCUGUACGAACACCUGAGAGCUGCUGCCUUUGUCGGCCCGUUUGGCACUGUGGAGAAGCCGGUGCUCUGCCCCUCUGUGACCACCGAUAGAAUCGUUGGAUGCACGGGAGGAACUGGCGAGAAAGAGCACGUGCCUCUCUGGUUCCGCUGCCGAGAAGGGUUUCUCUACCGCUGUGGCGAGUGCGACCAGAUUUUCAUGCUCGUCCGUGUCUUCUACUCGCUCCCGGAUGGAAAAGAUCCUUUCCCUGUCGACCCGGACGUGGAGGACGUGUUCGACAUGAAACUUCUUGAAAAGGGCCAGAAGAUGUGGAACUGCAACGAAUACGUGCGAUGGCCGGCGGGUCACCAGGCCUACUCUGAACUCUUUCUGGAAGGUAAAUGGGGCAACGAGAUUCCUCGACGCCUUGCUCAGGAGCUAAAGGAAAUCGAGGCUGCAUAGGAGGCAGGGAACGCGAAAGGGAGUGCGAGAAAUGUCGCUUACAGAGCAACGCGGAGGAAAGAAAAACUUCGGAUUCGCUGGGGAGGUGUCUUUCGGAUACGGUCUCUCCUGGCUGGCUACUGAGGAUGUACAGUUGCGAAGGAAACCAACGUCAAGAGAAAGAGCCUCGUUCUGUUUUCUCGUUCCUUGUAUCCCUGCUGUAAGUUGUGUGUGCGCUUCGGCGUCCUGCAGCAGUUUCUUCUCUCUGCUUUCGUCUCUUUGUCGCAUGUUACAACAUUCGCUCUUCUCUUGGCGUUUCACAACCCAAGAGGAGAGACUAGAUCGUGUGGCAGUGGAUCAGACGGGAAGAAACCCGCGAAAACACAGUCGACAACGCAAGUCGCCAGCGAGUGUUAAAUGCUUUUUCCACACGUCCACGUAGCUGUGACACCUGGAACAAACGCGGAAGCACCUCCUCG